ACUAUUGUUGCUGUUGCGAAGGACAUUUCCUUCAGGCAGUUCAGUGGCCCCUGAAGGCGCCCCACAUAGCCACGGCACGUGUUUUUGUCAAUAGAAAGCCAUCAACGCGUAAACGGAGAAAGGUCCUGGCGUGCGUUCUCUUAAGGGAGGGGCUCCGAGUGCGAAUUAAUCAGGCGCAGGUACAUCUGCUCAGCAAAUCGGCAGCUUUCCCUCUACAGCCCACAGUCCAAGUGUUUCAACCCUCCCACAGGCAAUUCCACAGAGAUCCUCGCAGCGCCUGAUUGGAUGAGGACGAAGCGACAAGGGGCGAGAACAAUAGCAUCAUCCCUCCUUAAAAAGAGUGCAGCUAUGUACUGAGAGCAAAAACAUUACAGGGAGGGAGGUAGUCACGCCCUAACCAAAAGGACCCGCGCGUGUCUCUAGUCGAGUCCACAGCCCUGGAUCAUUCCGUGACGUUUCCUUUCAAAGUGCCUUGUUCAUCCAUCCUCCGACAUGCCCAAAGGUUUCCUGGUGAAAAGAAACAAGAAAGCGGCGCACGUUUCUUAUCGGAUUCGCUGCAGCGAGGAUGGGCGUGAAGCCACUCCAGACUGUCAGAGUCUAAGUGACGCAUCGCCGCCUGUGUCCGGCAUCUCCAGUCCGGACGUCGCCGAUUCCUCGCCGUCCGAUGUAGCAGACACGCCGGUUCACGUUCAUGGCGCAAAACCAGUGCAAUUUGGGAACCCAGAGGCAGUCUACCAAUCCCUAUAUAGUCCCACCCGUCCCAUCAGCAAGGAUCAUGAAAGGAAAUAUUUCGAGAGAAGUUUUAACCUGGGCUCACCGAUAUCCGCCGAAUCAUUUCCAACUCCUACCUCGCUCACCAGCUUGGAUCACCUAUUAUUUGCACCAGUAGACUUGAAAAUCGGAACCAGCAACAGCAGUCGGAGCGGAACCAACAGUAACGCACCGAUACCGGCAGCCAGGAGCAGCACCAAAAGGCCUUCCUCCGACAACGAGCGGAAAAGCAAAAGCGUAUCCAAGAAAACCAAAGCGAUACGAAAGCUCAACUUCGAGGACGAGGUGACGACAUCUCCAGUACUUGGCCUUAAAAUCAAGGAGGGACCUCUCGAUGUGAAACCGCGACCAUUAUCAGCCGGAGGCGGCAAGCCCUUGAGAGAAUUCAUUUGCCAACUUUGUAAAGAAGAAUACGCGGACCCGUUCUCCUUAGCGCAGCACAAGUGUUCGAGAAUAGUUCGAGUCGAGUACAGGUGUCCAGAAUGUGAUAAAGUUUUUAGCUGUCCGGCGAACCUGGCCUCUCAUAGGCGUUGGCACAAACCGCGCGCCCAGAGCGCACCCGGAACGUCAACUUCACAGGCAGCCAAGAGCGACAACUCCAAGACACCACCCGCAGUUAGACCGUUCCCCGAAGAAGUCAGAGACGUGAGAGCGGAGUUUCCGAGUGAGAGAGACUCUCCCAGCCCAGGUUUGUCGGAGUCCGGAUCUGAGGAUGGUUUGUAUGACUGUCAGCAGUGCGGGAAAAGGUUUAAGCGCCAGGCGUACCUUAGAAAACAUAUUCUAGGACAUAACUCUCCGCAAAAUCAAAUCCUCGGCGAUGCGUUUCAAAACGCAGAGCGAGUGGAAAGCCCAGAUAUUGCAUCAUCCUCUACCGAAGACAGCCAAAGUCCGAGUCCACUGAACUUAAGCCCCGCUGACUGCCUUCUCUGUCCGAUUUGCGGAGAGAACCUGCCCAACAGGGCAAGCCUGGAGCGACACGUACGCUUAAUACACGCGUCUCAGGUUUUUCCGUGCAAGCACUGCCCUGCCACUUUCUACAGUUCCCCGGGUCUGACCAGACACAUCAACAAAUGUCACCCCACGGAAAACCGGCAGGUCAUCCUACUUCAAAUGCCUGUGCGUCCCGCGUGCUGAAGAACAGCGAAGCAGGAGCCUGAAUGAACACGACACGGAAGCGCUCCCAAUCACCUAGCAAAAUUGGCACGACUCUCUAUUUCAAAGGUCUAUAUUUUUCAGAUUUCGCACGCCAAGUAGUCUAAAGGAAAGUAUUAGUUUGGUUGUGAAAUGGUAUUUUUCUAGGACCGACGCACACAGUAGUAAUGUAAUAGCUUAUAGACCUAAGAUCCUUGGUGAACCUCUGUGAAAGCCUUGAAUUCACAUGCUGUACAUUUCUCUCAUGUGUAGCUUUAAUCUAGUAUGUGAAUUGCAGGAUGUGAAUUGCAGGUUGUUUUCUUCUCAGAAAGUUUCCCUUUAGUAUAGCCAGAAAUGCCUUUAGAGAAAUACGUCAAACACUUGCUGUACAACUGCCUUAAGAUCUCGGUGUAAUGAUUGUUUUGAUUUUGAAUGUCGGCACAUAUUUACAGUUUGCUAUCAUUGUGUAAAAUUAUUGUAAUAUGUUUAAUCGUAAUAUUUUAUUUAUUUAUGUAUUUAUUUAUUCACAAGUUUCAUGUAAAUUAUUGUGUUCUGAGUGAUUUAAUUCGUGGGUCUCUGUCACAUUUUGUAGCCAAAUGAUUUUGUCGAUAUUGAGUUACGUAGGCCUGUGUUUUGAGUGGUCUUACAAUCUUCUCAGCUCUUGUAAACGUGAAGCUCUUAUAGAUGCAAUCCUUUUUUAUAAACAGGCUAUUUUCCUAAAUGUUUGCUAC